CAGUCUCCGAAUUCAAGGCCCCACUGGUCUACAUGGCAAGUUCUGAGCCAACCAGAGCUACAUAGUGGAAUCUUGUCUCAGAAAGCAAAACAAAACAAAAACCAGCUUUCUCCCUGCCCUACAGUGUCUAGAGAAUCCAUGGGUCCAUUCCUUAUCCACCAGACCCUCAACUGCCAAGCACUGGAGUGGAAGGCACCCACCUCUGGGGCAGGUCCUAGCCCCCCGUUCUAAAGUGUCAGUGGUCUCUGGAAAGGCCUAGCUCACUGAGGCCAAGGCAUAUGGACAUGGAGCAAUAGGAUGAGAACUGGGCAGAGCGUGAGGGAUUUGUGGGCACUGAGAGGGAAGAGCUGCUCCAGGAGUAGAGCUAGUGCCAGAGGAAAAGGUGGGGACUGAAGGGCAUUUGGGAGCCCGUCCUCCCAGAGUGGGCCGGGCAUCACCAGCGGCAGGAUCCACUGCAGGGGCACUCUUCCACUUGGGUCUCUGGCACCCCGGAGGCUGCAUUUGGAUCUAGCUCUCCAAACAGGUCUCUGAGCAUCAAGACGGUUCCCAGGCCCAGCAGAAAAGGAAGACACAUAUGCAGGCCUGCUGUGAGAUCUGGUGGCUGGACCCAGAGCUGACCUACGGCAAUGCCAAGCCUUUCGUCUUCACCCAGGGCCACUCAGUGUGCAACCGCUCUUUCUUCCCUUGCUUCGACACACCUGCCGUCAAGUGCACCUACUCAGCUGUUGUCAAGGCCCCAUUAGGGGUACAAGUACUGAUGAGUGCAACUCGGAGUGUGUACGUGGAGGAGGAGGGUGUCUACCACUUCCACAUGGAGCACCCUGUGCCCGCCUACCUCGUAGCCCUUGUGGCCGGAGACCUCAAGCCAGCAGACAUUGGGCCCAGGAGUCGUGUAUGGGCUGAGCCAUGCCUCCUGCCCACGGCCACCAGCAAGUUGUCAGGUGCUGUGGAACAGUGGCUGAGUGCAGCUGAGCGGCUAUAUGGGCCAUACAUGUGGGGCAGAUAUGACAUCGUUUUCCUGCCGCCCUCCUUCCCCAUUGUGGCCAUGGAGAACCCCUGCCUCACCUUCAUUAUCUCCUCCAUCCUGGAGAGUGAUGAAUUUUUGGUGAUUGAUGUCAUCCAUGAGGUGGCCCACAGCUGGUUCGGCAAUGCUGUCACCAAUGCCACUUGGGAAGAGAUGUGGCUGAGUGAGGGCCUGGCCACCUACGCACAGCGCCGCAUCACCACGGAGACCUACGGAGCUGCCUUCACCUGUCUGGAGACAGCCUUCCGCCUGGACGCCCUGCACAGACAAAUGCGGCUUCUUGGGGAGGACAGUCCGGUUAGCAAGUUACAGGUCAAGCUAGAACCAGGAGUGAAUCCCAGCCACUUGAUGAACCUGUUCACCUAUGAGAAGGGCUACUGCUUUGUGUACUACCUAUCCCAGCUCUGUGGAGAUCCCCAGCGCUUUGACGACUUUCUCCGAGCCUAUGUGGAGAAAUACAAAUUCACCAGUGUGGUGGCCCAGGACCUGCUGGACUCCUUCUUGAGCUUCUUCCCAGAGCUGAAGGAGCAGAGUGUGGACUGUCGGGCAGGGCUGGAGUUCGAGCGUUGGCUCAAUGCCACGGGUCCACCUCUGGCUGAGCCAGACCUGUCUCAGGGGUCCAGCCUGACUCGACCUGUGGAGGCCCUCUUCCAACUGUGGACUGCAGAGCCCCUGGAGCAGGCAGCAGCCUCAGCCAGUGCCAUUGACAUCUCCAAAUGGAGGACCUUCCAGACAGCACUCUUCCUGGACCGGCUGCUGGAUGGCUCCCCGUUGCCCCAAGAGGUAGUGAUGAGCCUGUCCAAGUGCUACUCGUCCCUGCUGGACUCUAUGAACGCCGAGAUCCGCAUCCGCUGGCUGCAGAUCGUUGUCCGCAACGACUACUAUCCUGACCUCCACAGGGUCCGGCGCUUCUUGGAGAGCCAGAUGUCACGCAUGUACACCAUCCCACUGUACGAGGACCUCUGUACCGGUGCUCUCAAGUCCUUCGCACUAGAGGUCUUCUACCAGACCCAGGGCCGGUUGCAUCCCAACCUGCGCAGAACCAUCCAGCAGAUCCUGUCUCAGGGCCUGGGCCCCAGUGCUGAGCCCAGUGUGGAGCCCAGCACAGAGCUGGGCCAUGCUGGGGCAGACACCAACCUGGACUCGCCAGCCCUGCUGCUCGGGGAUGAGGCCCCCACCAGCGCCAUCUCUCUCAGGGAUGUCAAUGUGUCUGCCUAGCCCUGAUGGAGACCAACCCUCGACCUCCCAGACACCACGAUUGUGCCUUCUGUGGUCCAGGCUGCCAUGACUGUGCCUUGGCUCCAGCCACGAGCUCUGCCUGGGCCCAUAAGCCCCUCCUAUGGGCUCUUCCAGGCCAGGGGAAUGGGGAGAAGGUCCUUGUGUCCAUGGAGGCCCAUGGACCAGGGCCCAUCUCGUUCCUGCUCUCUUGCACUGCAGGCCCUGGGGCAGGCCCACACCUACCAUGCCUCCUGUCUCAACACUGACAGCCAUGCCUCACCCUGGACCAGCAUCUGCUGAACACUGCCCUGAGGACACGUACCCCAGCAGUCCCACAGCAACCACCACACUGUGCCUUACAUCUGCCAGAGGCCCCGGCUGUUCUGCCUCCCUGCAGAGGCCUGUACCCAGCCAGCUACCUUGCUUGGCUCCUGGCAGAGGGACAAGGAUGCAAGCAGGGGACAGGAAGGGAGGACGGGCCUCCUAGGCUGGCCUCAGCCCCUCUGCAGAUGGAUCCAAGUCCCAGAAGCAUUUGUGCAGGAUGGCCUGUCCUUGCGGCUACCUGGGUAGCACUGGUAGUCUCGGCCUGCCUGCAGGGAGAGGCAACGGGCUGUGGGCUCUAGCCUGGGACCAUUGUAGCAGGCACCAUGGCAACUGCCCCAUUAAACAACCUCCACUCUGCA